GCCUCUUUUGACCGCCCAAUGACCAACUCGAUCUGUCUCCUCUGACCGGCAUCGCCAUGGUUUGCUGCGCCUCUCCCUCUUAAGACUGUGACACCACCGCCGUGUCAUCACACAUCGCCUUGUUCUCGCGUACCGCCAACCCGACGCAUACGUCGUUGUUCUGGCAGUGCUCGUAUUAUAAGAAGCAGAGCAGGCGCAGAGCAGAAGGCAACAACGCAGACCGCCAACUUGCAUCUCUCUCCCUCUCUCUGCAAACCCGAGGAGGGGGCAUCCAUCCACCCCGCUCACUGAGGAGUGACGUGGAGGAGGUGAAGCGAAUUGAAGCGCCAACACUGGCGCUGCACCCAUCCCGGAGGAGGAUCCCUUCUCCAUCUGCACCACAACACGACGCCAUCUUACUGCUCCUCCUCCUGCGCUUCUCUACCCCCCAUGCAAAACAUGCAUUUUAGUAUCCAUUAUCAAACAUAAGUACCCUUCAUCCCAUUCAUUUGUUUAACAUCCUCACUCUGCUUGAGAAUCGACAGACCCCGAUCUCCCACUUCCCGAGUUAACCGCACGUUAUUACCUACAUUGUUUAAUUUAUGCCCCAAAGCCUCAUCAGUAGGUUGCAUUAUAGAAAACCUUUUUCCUCUUUAAAGGACGCACUAGCUCUGUAUAUUGCACUUUGUAGUUCUCAGAUUUUGGUCUUCACUUUUCCCAUCUGGAUGCUAGUCUUCCUCACAGCCACAGGCGCAGUACUACGUGCUCUGUUCCGUUGUUAAAAGAGUUCCCCCACUCCACUCCUUCAUUAUUCUCCCCUUACCCUUGUUUCAGAUUUAUUGUUGCUCUCUUUCUUUGUGCCUAGCCAUGCUGCGCCAGUGCGACCACCAGAGCAGCGCGUACCCCUGCUCUUGCGGGUUCGCCAAUGGCGGCAGCAGCGGCGGUGCCGCCGCCUUCUCGUUUCUUUAUCCAGUGACGACGACGAAGCAGUUCAUGGACGAAGGCUGCGAUGCGGACGUGUAUUCCGGUCGCUCUUCGCCUUCGUCGGUGGACUGCACCUUGUCGCUGGGGACCCCUUCCACUCGUCAAACAGAGCACAAGACAUCGGCGCCGUCCUCCGCCAAGAUCCAACGGCCGUCUUCGUGCAUGUGGGAUAUCCUAUCUCAGUCCAAGAACUCCUCCAUGGGCUCCAAUGCGUCGUCGAAUGGUGGAACAUCGAUUCUGGGCGGUGACCCGCUGCUCCUCGCUCGCCGGUGUGCCAACUGCGACACCACCUCCACGCCAUUGUGGAGAAAUGGACCGCGCGGACCUAAAUCAUUGUGCAACGCCUGCGGCAUUCGCUUCAAGAAGGAAGAGCGCCGGGCGGCAGCGUCCACGGCGCCGCCCUCGUCGUCGCCGGCGGCCGGCGAGUACGGCUACCACCACCGGCAGCACCAGUCACCGUGGAGCUGCUACGCUUCGUCCGCCAUCAAGAACAGCUCGUCACUGACCUUGUACGAUGACGUGGCGGACGCCGGGGAGGCACCGUACCGGCCGUGGCAGUUCAACAUCGCGCCUUCGGCUCAGUUCCCGGUCCGAGACCGGCCCAGCCUUUUCCAAUACAAUUAAUUAGCUAGAAAAAAAUUUGAUGUGCGAGUACUCCAAGUGUUCGAUUAAAAGCCCCAUAGAAGCAGCAUUAAGUUUCAAUCAAUACCACAUUUGCAGCCACCACAAUCGAUAUAAUAUAAAUUAUUAAGUUUUGUUUUUACUAAUUUACCAAUCAUGAAAUCCUUCUA